CCCCCUUGCGACGUCAAUCCACCCAAGAGCGCACACACGUUCCAAGCAUGAAGCGACAGCUGGCUAGAUAGCCGUCUUGCGGAACAUGUCGACACCAGAGCCCGGAGCUGCUGGCGCUCAUCAUCGAGAUGAGGCUCAAUGCUUCGAGGGGCUUGGGUAGCAGCGUUGGUGGCGCGAGCAACGGCGACAGCCACAAGAGAGAUCAUGCCGCAAGCGGCAGCGCCAGCCCUGCGUUUGAUACGAUGGACCUCUGCCACAAAAAGAUCGAAAAGCUUCCGUACGAAAUGGUCGACGUCAUCAAGGACGAUGUUGUACGACUCGCACUGGGGUACAACCUCAUCUCGACCCUGCCGAGCUCCUUUCUUGAGCUUACCAAGCUUCGCUACCUCAACGUGCGGGCCAAUCUGAUGACAACUUUUCCUCAGGUCCUGACGCAGCUCCCCUCGCUCGAGAUUCUCGACAUCAGCCGUAACAAGAUUCGCAAACUGCCCUCAGAGCCUGGCCGGUUGCUCGAGCUGAGGGUGUUGAGCCUCAGCAACAAUCGCAUCAGGAGACUGCCGGCUUGGGUGGCCAAGAUGAAGUACCUUCGCGUGCUCAAAGUCGAUGCGAACCCCAUUUCGUGGCCCCCACCCAAUAUCAUCGUUGCACCCAGUGUGGAUAGCAGGGCGUCCGACGCUGCCAGUGGCACCUCUGGCUCGUCUUCUCUCUCGGCCAAGAAGCAGGAAGAUCGCCUCAUGGCUGCUUGGCUUGUCAAGCUCAAGACAUGGAUCGACGAAAAUCGACACGAGGCAGAGAGCGGUGCUGACACAUCCAAGGCAGAAGAAAGGCCGGAGGGUCCUUCCAGAAGGCAAGAUGAAGAAGGAGAUUCGCGAGCACCGGAAAGGAGCGCGGGGGAGGAGAAGAGCCAAGAAGAGACAAGGAGAGGGGAUCCGGAGGUGGAGGGAACGAAGCAGGAAGAAAGCCGAAGGAGUCCAGAGGAAGUGAGAGAGGAUGCUUCAAAGGAUAUAGCAACCAGUGAAGCUGCGAGCGCAGAUGCGAGCCCUGUUGAACGAGCGUCACCUGUCUCAGAGAGGGAGAAUGCAGAACGGCGAAUAGACAAACAACCGCGUCGCAAUCAACAUCAACAGCAGUCGUCAGCUUCCACAGAGAGGAGGGCAGCCUCGCCUCCUCCGCCACAAGCCAAUGGCAAAGAACAGAUUCCUGUUCCCAGGGUGCCUUCGAUGUAUUCGCCCUCGAUAGAUGUCAAGGGUCUGAAGCAACUGGAUCUCAGUGACCCUCGGCGUUUAGGACAACACGGGAGGAACAAUUCUCACAGUGUGGGGCAACCUGCCACCUUUGAGGCAACUCCAGCCUCGCUUUCGUCUUCGAGUACGAGGAAGAGCCGCACGCUCUCUAGCAAGAAGUCGCUUCCAGACCUCCGCCAGAAUCACGGUAUCAUUCUGAGUGAGAGGCAGGCUAGCUUCGACUCGCGGCGACUGCCGAGCGACGACGAGCCUGACAAGGACUCCAAUUCCGACGAAGGCAUCAUCUAUGACAAACAAGUGUCGCAGCAAGCUCAACGAGCGAAGAGACCGCCGAUCACGCAGAGCACCAGCCACGAAGGAGCACUACACAGGCGCGAACCUUCUUCCAUAGCUUCGCCUGCCAGUGGACGCAAAUUUAGCCUACCCACCUCCACCCUGCCUUACAACGCAGACAGGAACGGUGUUGAUCACGUCGCUGCUCUUCGAAGAGCAGCCGUCACUGCUGCCGUGGCAUCUGGCGGAGCUAGCAUGGCACCCAUGUCCUCUGCCUCGGGUACCUCUGAUGCAGCACCAACCUCUGCAUCGUCUUCCUCGGGAGGAACGGUCGAGGUUGAGAGAAACAGCUAUUUCCGAAGGCUCUCAACGCUGCCGCCUUCUACCAUUUCCAAGUCCAUCUCUCCACCGGUGCUUCGCUUCGUCGAUGCGACCAGAGGAGUGCUCUAUGCGCUCUCGCAGAUCCAUACCGCACUCCGACAAUACGUCGUCUUUGCUACAGACGAGCGCAUGACUGGCCAGCUUAGUCGAGCGCUCGAGAUCGCCAGUGCGACAAUGGGCAAUCUCAUCAACUCGCUCGAUCGCUUCGAUUCCGUCUCGCGAACGAGAGGAGGCGCAGAGCCCGACGUGGUACGCGGUGUGGUGUUGGCCUGCGGUGAGAGUGUGGCCACGUUCCGCAAGGUCGUCUCCGUGCUGCAGAUUCAACUCAAGACGCUGCACAGCGGCGCCGACGUUCGGUACACUCGCACACUCCUUUUGCUUCUUUACGGCAGCAUGGCUGAGGUGGCGCACUGCUGGAACAUCAUGGCGCCCCUGAUAGAUGAGGUCGCACCGUUCCUCAACAAGACCAAUGAUGCACGACCUGGGCAAUUGCAGACACCUCACCCAACGUUGCCGAGCAUAGCCGAAGCUUCCUCCCCUUCUUCUCCAAAGACUGCUCGCUCGACUGUCGAUGAUGCACUCCAGCAGCAGCAGCAGCAGCAGCAGCAGCAGCAGCAGCAGCGACAACAGCCAGCCUCUGCGUCAGCGUCCCGACCCUAUCGACGACGGCACGCUGGCUCCUUUAGCGCGCACGACGUCGCACAAGGCGCUACGAUGGGAGUGACGAAUGAGGCGGUACCGAUGCUCCCUUCUAACGUCGCUUCUCCAGUGGCUGCGGCUGCGACAUCUAACGCACCCUCAUCCGAGACGGAAGUCCUGUCGUCGUCGCGAAAGAGCCGUCCGUCCGCUUUGGGCCGACUGCCUCCGCAGAAGGCCGUAGGGCAGUGGCACAUUGAGGAAGGGAGCGAGGCAGGAGGGUCCAGACCUUCGACGCCAGUCAAAGCGCAAGUGGGCGACUCUGGCGGACCAACAACACCUGCUUCGACAAUACCUCAUCAGCAAGGAGCAGUUGGCUACCCCUGGAGCACACCAUCGUCUUCCACCUCUUCGGUCGCGGCCGCAGGGAUGUCUGCCCCCGCUGCAUCGAUGCGCUUCGGAGGCCUUUCGAGGAGCCAACACGGAGGCUCACCAGAGAGUGGCGGCGGCGGUGCAAUGAGCAGCCGGAGAACCGUCUCCAAUACGUCCUCUUCUCUCGAGCGCCAUCCGGCAACUACGCCAUUCACGCCCUAUGCUUACUCCGACUCGGCCCGUCCCAUUGUCGACGAGCAUCUCCUGCUUUUGACUGUCCGGUUCACCUCGAUCACACUCAGCGUGUGCUCCUCGCUGUCGGACCACCUCAACAGCGUGGGUGUCGGUCUUGGCUCUCCAGCACGGGAUCGCACGGGAUCGAGCACCAGCGAACAUUCGUCAUCAACAGCGGUAGCGAAAGCUCCCAAGUCACCGGAGGGAACGCCGACGUUGGCCUCUGCUGCGACACUUGCCUCUCCACCCACUGGAACACCUGCCAGAAAUCGAAGCGUGACGCCCACAGCGGGACUUCGGUCACCCACGACUUCCUCUGCCGCCUCCUCUUCCUACGGCGAAAGCGGAGGCGUGCUCUCUCGCAGCGGCUCAUCAUCGAAUCAGAAGAAGCUUAGGCAGCUCCGAGAGCUGUGCAACACGACGGCCGAACUUACAAGGCGCCUUCAGAUGUCGCUCAACAAGGUGCAAGAGCAUAUUCUUCAUCCUCCAGACCUCGAGAACGACUCCGUUCCAUCGACAGUCUUUGCUUCGCCCGGAUACGCGCGUGCGACGGCGUCUCUCUCUUCGUCGCCCGCCUCUUCGCGAUCUGCUCCCGCUGCGGCUGGUGCACCAGGCUGGACGACCUACCCGCUCCUUCCCGCCCAAGAUUCCGAGCGGCUGCACAAGGACUGCUCUCUGCUCCUCCGUAGCGUCUUGCAGCUCAGCGCAAUGGUCAAGAGCUCAAGCGUGCAGUUGGCGAACAUCAGCCAGGGUGGCACCUUUCCAAAGGCCCUCUCGAGGGGCCUUGUUGGGCUCAUGCAGAAUUCGAGAGACGUCACCCUGCAUUUGGGCUUCUUGAAAGGGGGAGCUGCGCCGUCGACGACGGCGACACCAGCGGCGGGAUCAGCGCAAGCCAGGGCGAAAGCGACUACAGCCGGACAACCACCAGAAUCACACUAGCACUCACUCCAUACAGCACGACCCGUUCAUUUCACCACAGUCCAUGCGCAUCCAUCUCAGAAUUCUGUUUCCAAACCUGCAAAUUCUCCUACUCAGCAUCAAAAUUUGUCAAUAUAGCAGUCAGAA